UUCGUCGAAAUUUGGCGAUUUCAGUGCUGAUCUCAAGUCUUCCCUCGCUCCAAUUACUCGCCCAUUCAUCAAUACACCAAAAGAAAAAGCCAAUGGCAUGGUAAUCUCGCAACAAAACAACCAGUGAGCUGUGAUUGCCUGCAACAUAACCAAGAGCCAGUGGCGACCUGUACCAUGAGACGCCGACCAACAGUGUGCAAAACCUCCACGGAUAGCACCGCGGAGGAUUCAGAUGCCGAUUGUAAGGUGGUCCCUGUGACCAAGGUGCGCUCGCCCUUGCACUCUCAUGAUCCGAUCGAGGUAGAAGCGGUGGAUAUGCGGUCCAAUAAGAAAAAGAAGAAGCAGAAGCAACCUGCAGGAAAAACGCAAGAGCAAAUUGUAGCAAAAAAGCAACAGCUACCGGUCGCAAAAAUGCCAGAGCAACCUGUUGCAGAAAAUAACUCAGCACAAGAUAUUACCACGAUGCCUCGAUACACCGGUAUGGAAGACCUCAGAGAUUUUGAUCUGAUGAAUAUCACCAUUACGAUCUACGGUAUUACAGGGGUCAUGUGUGAAGAGAAGGAAGAGAAAAAGAAAUCAAAGCGCAAGAAUUCCACAUCCAAAGUACCGGUAACAACCAAACAAACCGCCGAAACCGACGAUGAAGUUUCCGAGCCCAAAGGUUUUCCAACCACGGUUGCUGCCUCUGUGGGGAGAAAUGCUAUUAGCAGUCAGACUCUGAUUGAAACCUUCUACCCCAGUCAACCGAUAGAGAUUACAUCCAUUCCAGGUCAGACUACCAACUUAUCUGCACUAUGGCAAAUGCCACCCGCAGCGUUGAUGAGCGCGGAGGCACGCCAAAUGGAAGACAGCAACAGCUUACCAUGUGAAUCAUCCUUCCAGUUGCUCCGAAUGAUGAUGAAGAAACCCUAUACACGGGGACAAGUGCUAGUGGAAAACUAUGUUCAUGAGCAGGUUCAGAUUGGAGUCAACCUUUGUAGGGGGACAGAGCUCAUGGAGCUUGGGGUUGCCACACUGAUCAUCACUGGGGAGGAAGAGGGACAGAUUUUGAUGCAUGUCCCGGCAAGGCCAAGCGCCAACCCGGGUAUUCGAGACGCCAAAACAUGCCGAUCAAGUAAAAAGAACAAGGAGUCCAAAAAGAAGAAGAAACCCAGAAAGGCAUAUUUUCGUGACGAUAACAAGCGAACCUUUCGAUUAGGCGAAAACGCGUCUUUGUACGUGGGCGUGCAAGUCAAUCCUCAGCGAGAUGUGGAAGCCGCCGAAAGAUUCCACCAACAAGAGCUCUCUGACUCCAAGGCGUUUCAUUGUGAAAGUACGGAAUCCCAACUGCUCCGUGCUGCUCAUGAAGCCAAGGCAAACCUCGUUAAAUACCGAGAAAUUCAGCUCGAAAAGGAGGUUCAGAAGCACAUGCAAAUCUUCUCUCAAGAGUCAACAGAAAACGAUGAGGAGGACGAUAUCUUGGUUGGCAACAGAGAAGUCAUAUCGCCAACGAACCAUGCACAACCAAACACUUUGGCCGGAUUGUUUUGUGGAGCGAUCCCAAUGAUGGCUGGUGGCACCACUGCCUGUGCUGCCCCCAAUUCCACUUCAUGCGUAGCCCCCAAUCCUUGCAUGGCUUCCACUGCAGCCUGCGUGGGUCCCAAUCCGGGGGCAAUGAAAUCGAAGUCUGUUAAGGGAGGCAACGGUGCAAAGACUUUAGAGGAUACUACCAGUGCCCUGAAUCGAAAGAACAGCAUGCCCUUUUCGACAGUGCUGAACGUCAAGUAUUCACAUGAGUUUGCCAAGUCCUUUUUCAGCGGGAUUACGUUCAAUCAAAGUGAUCAGUCGUCCGAAGACCAUGAGAUUGCUGAUAUCAUCAAUAGUGCCCGUAAACUUGUCACUGGCGCAAACGUAUCUCCGGAUUCGAUGGAAAAAUCAGUUGAUUUGCACCCAAUUUAGGAUCUUGUACUUUAUUCUUUCUUCCCUCUUGGUUGGGUUGCCUACCGCCUUCCAAUUUGUUUGGUGGAGGCGGCAAAAACUGUCAUCCGCCUGUAGAUAAGUGCUGGUCCCGGUGGGCAGCAUUCUGAGGCUAAUUUGACGGUGGGCAGCAUUCUGAGGCUAAUUUGAUUCAUAAAACAGCAUAAAUAAACUGUAAUAAUAACACCAACGGUACCGGUAUGUUCUUGAAACGCUAGAGAUGCAUUGUUUUGUCUUUUAGGUACCG